AUGAAGAGGAACAAUAUAUCUGUUGGGAAUAAAAUUGUCCAGUCUUCACCAGCAGUGAAACAACCAAAAGUUGAGCUCUACUCUCCUUUCAACCACACCCACAUGCACACCAUUCUUCUAGACUGGGGGAGUUUGCCUCACCACGUAGUAUUACGCAUUUUCCAGUAUCUUCCUUUAAUAGAUCGGGCCCGGGCAUCUUCGGUUUGUAGGAAAUGGAAUGAAGUUUUUCAUAUUCCUGACCUUUGGAGAAAGUUUGAAUUUGAACUCAACCAAUCUGCCACUUCAUAUUUUAAGUCUACCCAUCCUGACCUCAUUCAGCAGAUCAUUAAAAAGCAUGCUACCCAUCUCCAAUAUGUCAGCUUUAAGGUUGAUAGCAGCACUGAGUCAGCAGAAGCUGCCUGUGAUAUCCUUUCUCAGCUGGUAAACUGUUCUAUCCAGACCUUGGGCUUGAUUUCCACAGCCAAACCAAGUUUUAUGAAUGUGUCAAAGUCUCAUUUUGUGUCAGCGCUUACAGUUGUUUUUGUCAACUCCAAAUCAUUAUCGUCGAUCAAAAUUGAAGACACUCCAGUGGAUGACCCUUCACUGAAGAUUCUCGUGGCCAAUAAUAGUGACACUCUGAGACUCCUAAAAAUGAGUAGCUGUCCUCAUGUUUCAUCUGAUGGAAUCCUUUGUGUAGCUGACCACUGUCAAGGCCUUAGAGAAUUGGCAUUGAAUUACUACAUUCUAAGUGACGAACUUCUCGUAGCCCUUUCAAGUGAAACUCAUGUUCACCUUGAGCAUCUUCGAAUUGAUGUUGUGAGUGAAAAUCCUGGAGAAGUUGAAUUUCACACUAUUAAAAAACAAAGUUGGGACGCGCUCAUUAAACACUCCCCUGGAGUUAAUGUUGUUAUGUAUUUCUUUUUAUAUGAAGAAGAAUUUGAGGCAUUCUUCAGAGAAGAAACCCCUGUUACUCACCUUUAUUUUGGUCGUUCGGUAAGCAGAGCAGUUCUAGGACGGAUCGGUCUUAACUGUCCACGACUGAUUGAGUUAGUGGUGUGUGCUAAUGGUCUUCAGACUCUUGAUGAUGAACUUAUUUGUAUUGCCGAACGCUGUAGAAACUUAACAGCCUUGGGCCUCAGUGAGUGUGAAGUGAGCUGCAGUGCAUUCGUUGAUUUUGUAAGACUGUGUGGGAAAAGGCUAACCCACCUCUCCGUUAUGGAAGAUGUUUUGAUCCCUGAUGGUAAUUAUAGCCUAGAUGAAAUCCACACUGAAGUCUCCAAGUACCUGGGAAGAGUAUGGUUCCCUGAUGUCCUGCCCAUCUGGUAAUUGGCUAACGAAGAUUCUUACAUUUUUUUUUAGUCAGUAAGAUGAGCUUAUUUCUGUCUAUGCAAAUGUAAAUUUUAAGAUGCAUUGCUGAAAUAUUUUAGGUAAAGUAUAUUAUCAUUUGCAAACUGUCUUAAUGGAUGGCAGCAGAAACAUUUGGGGAAAAAAAGGUAGGAGAAAUUUUAAGAGCCAGAAAGAUCCAUAAACAGGACUUAGAUCCUGUAUUGUGCAGUAGAUAGGCUAAACACUACACCCUCCGCCUUCCUUGAGGGGACAUUUUAGCUUGCUAAAUAACUUUAUAAUAUUGAGCUUUGGAUCCCUAAGUUAUGAUGUUUAUAAGUUUAUAUUGCUUUAAUUGCUUCUCUUUCAUCUUGGUUUUUUUUUUUUACAAGAUACGUAGUAUUAAAAACUAAGAGUAAAAUAAAAGAAUAGGUACAGAGGCUGACUUAAGUGUACUUAAUCUUUAGCACUAUAUAAGAUCAUAUUAUAAUUCAAUAAACAAUCUCUAAUUUCUAAUACA